CCCCUUCCCUCAGCCCGGUGUUCCCGCCACCUCUGGCGAGGACCUGCCGCUGGGACAGCGCUGGCCGCCGCAACCCCGCACCCGGUCCCGGUCCCGGUCCCGGUCCCGAUCGCCUCCCCGGGCGCGCGCUUCCCCCGUAGGAGCUUUUUUAAAAUUAUUAUUAUAAUUUUUAAUUCCCCCCUUUCCGCUGCGCUUCCCAUCAGCCCCCGCGGCAUGGCGGCCACCCUGCGUCCCGACCCAAGAUGGCGGCCGCCUGCGUGAGGGGGGCGAUCGUUAAGUCACUGUUUUUAUUUUUAAGUGACGCGGCCGACCCCGCGCGCAAGGAGCGGUAACGGUGAGGGGCAGACGUUUUUAGAAAAAAAACCCCAAACAUCGUGUUUCCUCACACAUCUUUUCUCAACGGCCCGUGGGUGACGCCACAGCCCCGCCCAGCGGCCUGAGGAAGCGCGAGGUGUGCGGGGAGCGCGCGGGGCCGGCGGCAGCAUGGAGGGGGGCGGCGAUCGCUGCAGCCCCCAGCGCCCCGCGGCCGCAGCGGGGGGCGAAGCGGAGAGCGGGGCCGGCGGAGGCGGGGGCGACCCCGCGGGGAGCCCCGCAGCCAGCGCCGACGUGUACGGGUACACGAAGGGAGACCUCUUCACCUCCGAGAUCUAUAAAGUAGAAAUACAAAACCUUCCCAAAUACAUCGGUUUUAACGAUGUGAAAAAGUUCCUUGCCAAAUACGGGCUCAGCCCUCAUAAGAUAAAACUUUUUGGGAAGCAGACGUUCGCAUUCGUAACCUUCAAGAGCGAGGAGGAGAGGGACAAGGCCAUGAGAGUCCUCCACGGGGUGCUGUGGAAGAGCCGGCACCUGAGCGUCAGGCUUGCCAAGCCGAAAGCUGACCCGAUUGCAAAGAAAAGGAAAAAAGAAGAGGAGACGGAGCAGGGAGAGGUGAAGCGGCCGGCUCCCUCCAAAGCCAGCGGAGAGGAGCCUCUCAGCAAGCAAAUAGCGGAUGUCGUGACCCCACUGUGGAACGUGCCCUACGAAGAGCAGCUGGCCAAAAAGAAGCAGGAAUGUGAACAAGUACUGCAGAAGCUGACAAAGGAAAUAGGAAAUACCAACAGAGCUUUAUUACCAUGGUUGUUCCUGCAGAAGCAGAAGUACAAUAAAUUGUGUUGCCCAGUAGAGGGAGUGAAAGCAUCACCGUUACAGACUGAAUAUCGCAACAAAUGUGAGUUCUUGAUUGGGAUUGGUGUAAAUCAAGAAGACAAAACUGUGGGUUGUCGUCUUGGCAAAUAUAAGGGUGGUACAUGUGCUGUAGUGGAGCCAUUUGAUACUAUUCACAUUCCUGCUAUUGCCAAAAAAGUAGUAAAAGCUUUCCAAGACUACAUAAGGUCGACUCCUUACUCGGUUUACAGCCCAGAAACCUACGAAGGUCACUGGAAGCAGCUCACAGUCCGUACCAGCAGGAGUGGCCACAUUAUGGCAAUCGUUUAUUUUAACCCUCAGAAAUUAAGUAAAGAAGAGCUAGCUGACCUGAAAGCCUCUCUGGCAGAACACUUCACAGAAGGGGCGGGAAGGAGCAGUGGCGUUACUUCGCUGUACUUCGUGGAGGAAGGACAAAGGAAAUCUCCCAGUCUAGAGGACUUGCCUUUGGAGCAUGUGGCUGGCGAUAAGUACAUAUACGAAGAACUUCUUGGCCUAAAAUUUAGAAUUUCUCCUCAUGCGUUUUUUCAAGUGAACACCCAAGCUGCAGAAGUGCUGUACACUGCCAUCAGGGAGUGGGCGCAGCUGAGCCACGAGAGCACCGUGCUUGACAUCUGCUGCGGCACGGGAACUAUUGGGAUUUCGCUGGCGAAGGAAGUAAAGAAAGUGAUUGGGAUUGAACUCUGCCAAGAAGCCGUGCAGGACGCCAAAGUGAACGCCCAGAUUAACGAACUGAAUAAUGUUGAGUUUCAUUGUGGGAAGGCCGAAGAUGUUGUUCCCUCCCUAAUUAACAUAUUAGCUCCUCAGAACCUGAUUACUAUCGUAGAUCCGCCACGAGCAGGGCUGCAUUCCAAGGUAAUUCUUGCCAUUAGAAGAGCUGAACAUCUGAAGAAGCUUAUCUACGUGUCCUGCAAUCCCAGAGCUGCAAUGAAUAACUUUGUGGACCUCUGCCGGGCACCUUCUAACAGAGUCAAAGGAGCUGCUUUCCGCCCUGUUAAAGCGAUGGCUGUGGAUCUCUUCCCUCAGACCAGGCACUGUGAGUUACUGAUAUUCUUUGAGAGGGUUGACUACGCAAACGGGAGUUCGGCUGAAGCGGCGCCUGAUGCCGCUCGAGUCACCACGGCGGAACAUGGGGAUGGCGCUGCCCCAUCGACCAUCGAUGGGAGCGAGGCAGCCGCACCCCAGGAAUCACCUUAACGCCAGGAGAUGCGCUCCAGAAAUUACUGUCCUUGUUAACUGCUUCGGUAACGUUGUUUCUGUAACAUCCAGGUAAUAAAUAUCUGCACAAGAGGA